GACUAUAGGCUGCAGUUGCUCAAGAGGUAAGAUUGGGAUCAGGAUAAAAAACAGACUUUAUUACUAAUUUAUUCACAUGUGAAUGUUACAAGAAUAAAACAACCCCCGGAACUGAAGGGAUUUUUAUUAUUUGGGAAAAUCGAGUCUCCCAGAUUCGCUAAAUCGGUUAAGUGAACCUUUCGUCCAGCAUUUAACAGGAACCUGUGUGUGUGUUUGCUGAAUUACACCAACACAGUCUGCCGUUACUGUCAAGAAAUCGGAACAUUUCAUAUUUUAUUUUCCGUGGUGUUUGAUAAACUGUAUAUUAGUGCUCGUCGCCAUCACAUAAGACUCGCUUCUUUUUAUUGUUUGCUUGUUUAAAAUCCUGAAGAUCCCCUCCUCCACCUCCUCCUCCCCCCAAUCCCCCCACGCUUUCUGGGACACAGAGUGAGCGCGCGAGAGCCGACACAUAUAAUCCCGGAUUGACCAGAGGAAGCACUGCGGUGUAGGGUGCACGAGACUGAACGCAGAACUGCGUGAUAUAUCUAGAUAUUUUUUUACACACCCACAAACACCGGGUUGUCAUUGACAGCAGCUCGAAAGUGAAAAUGGCUCGGGCGACCUUAGGUGGGCGCUUCAUCUCACUGCUCUGCUGCUGAAGGUGAGGCGUCGCAGGAGGAGCAUCUCCACACGCACGCGCGCGCUCUUAUUUAUACACACAUACACGCCAACGUUAGGUACCGAGCUGGAAAACACGGCACCGAGCUGUAAAGGUGUCCUUUACCUUUCGGACAUUUCCUAACUAAAAAGGUACUGCUAUUCCCAAGGAGUCGUCAUUCAUCCACUUUUUGUUAUUUCCUUCAACAAACUGCCGUUUGUUUGCGCUCGCGCGUGGGCAGCAGCUGUAGACGUGCUUUUGGAAAACCGAAUCAACAGACCGGACACAAUACUGGAUGUAAUCUCACAUGAAGGGGAGGAUAUAGUAUUGGUGUCUAAACUGUGGACACACACGCACACACAGACGGAUAUUCGUGCUUUUACCAGAAGCGACAAAGCAGCGUUUUUCAUCCGAGAGAGAGAGAGAGAGACGGUACCGUGUUUUGGACGGACGAGAAGCUGAAAUCUCUGUCUCAAGGAAUUAUUGUCGGUGCGGGAGCUGCGGUGCGAGGUGAAGGAAGUUUGAGUUGAGCUCGAGCUCGUUGGGAGCGACACUGAGACAGACUCAUUCUCCAGCGAUGGAUAUCAAAUGGCUGAUUAUAGCCUGUGUGCUUUUUGCAGGCGGGAGCAUGGCCCAGAGGCUAGUGUCGGUGCAGCCCGGGCCUCUGGUGCGAACUGAGGGCUCCCACGCGACCAUCUGGUGUAACGUGACUGGCUACAGAGAGGGAGUGGAGCAGGACUUCGAGUGGUCAAUGUACCUCGACACAGCUCCUGAUCGAGAGAUCCGCAUCGUCAGCACAGCCGAGGCCAACUAUGCCUACGCUGUCUACGCCCAACGUGUCAAUGCCAAAGAGAUCUACGUACAGAGACUGAGCGGAGACUCCGCCCUUCUGCACAUCACCAAGCUACAGGCCAAGGACCAGGGCGUUUUCGAAUGCUACACACCCAACACAGACGGGCACUACCUGGGCACCUACAGCGCUCGAACCAACCUAACCGUGAUCCCGGACACGCUGUCCGUCACCUCACCCACUCAGACUCUGGCCAAAGUGGAAGGGGACACGCUGCUGCUGAGCUGUGAGGUAACACGCCAAACGUCUCAGCACACACACAUUGCAGUGGGUUGGUACAUGCGCUCCCCGGACGAGCCAUCAGCCCCGCCGAGGGACCUCGUCACCCUGACACGGGAUAUGGUACUGAGGCCUGGGACAUCAUACCGCCAGCGUCUGUCCUCCGGAGACGUGAGACUGGACAAGACUAGCAGCACAUCCUACCGUCUCACCAUCUACAGCCUACAGCCCUCAGAUCAGGGCCAAUACUACUGCGAGGCAUCAGAGUGGAUCCAGGACCCUGAUCGCUCCUGGUACUCCAUGACGCGCAAGCAGUCUGACAAGACUAUGGUCAAAGUUCAGCCCACAGAUCGGGACUUUAGUAUUCAAGUGACAACAGAUCGCCGGGCCUACACGGCAGGUGAGCCGCUGGAGCUCCGCUGCACCAUAGAUGCUCAGAAUGUUGCUGAGCGUUACUUCUCGGUGUCGUGGGUCUUCAGCAGCUCGUCUAUAGCCGUGGUGGGGCCCAGCGCUGUGCCCGUGCUGGGGGCAAACUACGUGCAGCGUGAGGCCGCUGGCCUCAUGACCAUUCGUAAAGAGAGUCCAGCUGUCCACCUACUCAAACUGCAGCGCCUGCUUCCCGAGGAUGCUGGGAAAUACAUCUGCAGAGUGACCGAGCGAGAGAAGACGCCCACCGGAGAGUUCAUCGAUCGAACCAAGCGCUCCCGUAAUGUUCAGAUCACCGUGACUCCCCUGAGCAGUAACAUCAGUGUGUCAUUGACCAGCAAUUCCUCCGAGGUGAUGGAGGGAGAAAACAUCCACUUGACAUGCUCAGUGCAUUCCACAGUCGGAGCUCUGUCCAUCGUCUGGCAGUGGGCAGACAAAGAUGGCAGUGCUCCCGCUGUUGACCUGGCAUCAGUGGACCGCUAUGGCACCAUACAGCCUGGAUCCAGUUUCCUGGAGCGGCACAGCUACGGGGAGGUCCACGCGGAACGAAUCCGAUCGGACACCUUCACCCUCGCCCUGAACAAUGCCUUCCCCACAGACGAGGGCGAGUACCGCUGCAGUGCCACCGAGUGGAUACAAAGCGGCAGUGCGCCAGACUGGGAGUGGCAGCAGAUCGGGGAGAGCACAGCCACCACUGCCAUCACAGUGAGAUCUGUCGAGUCGUCUUUCUUUGUGUCAGCUUCGUCACGGACUCCCAGUGUGACCUUUGGUGACUCCUUUGACCUGCAGUGCAUUGUGAAAUCCCGCCAUAACCCUAGCAUCCCCACCUCGGUGACGUGGCGCUUCCAGCCGGCCGAGGGUGGCAGCGAGCUGCGAGACGUGGUGACGUUCACACGUGACGGCACGCUACAGUGGGGUGAGCAGGUCCUGGGCCUCGGUACACGCACGUCAGUGGACCGUACACGCAACAACACCAAUUUCCGCCUCAGCGUCACCCGAGCCGGGCGCAAAGAGUCUGGGGUGUACCAGUGCGCCGCCGUCCUGUACCGCAGAAAUUAUAAUGGCACCUGGAAGAUCAUCGCUAACCGCACGUCUAACCUGCUGGGCAUCAACGUACUGCAGCCAGUGAGCAAGCUGCGCAUGCACAAGGUCAACCAGAGCCUGCAGUUUGUAGAAGACAGCCGUGUGCGCCUCAACUGCUCCAUUGCAUCCCAGACGAGCGCCGAGUCUCAGCACACCGUGCUGUGGUAUGCACGGAAGGGUGCGGCAACUGAGCCUGAUGAGUUGCUGUUGAAGAUCGAGCGCACCGGGGCGUUUGAGUAUGGUGUGUACGCUGAGGAGGAGCGCCUGCGCAGCCGCGUCCAGUGCGAACGUCUCUCACCAAGCCUCUAUGGCCUCACACUGCACCGCGCCGAGACCAGCGACUCCGGAACCUACUACUGCCUAGUGGAGGAAUGGCUCACUGAUCCCGAUGGAGUGUGGUACCGCCUGGCCCGUGACUCCUCUGGCUCCACACAUGUAGUGAUCAAGCAGCCAGCCGUCAAAUUGCAAGUGGAGGAGACCGAGUCGAACAUCACAGUGUCUGAAUAUGGAUCAGUCCGUUUGGGCUGCAGCAUACCCUCUCAGUCCACCAAAGACUCGCGCUUCUCUGUGUCAUGGUACGUGUCCCGCUCAGAGGGAGAAGGUGAACAGGAGUGCGUGUUCUCUAUCGGCCAUGACGCUGUGUUCGGCAAUGGGAACUGCAGUCCGAUGGAGGAGCCAGGCCACAACUCCCGACUGCAGUUUGAGCGCACUACCUCAGACCUCUACAGCCUGACCAUUCAAAGAGCACGUCCAGGAGAUGCAGGAAAAUAUUACUGUCACGUAGAGGAGUGGCUCCUGAACCCACGCAACGCCUGGUAUCGCCUCGCCACAAACAACUCCGGGGCUACCAUCAUUAAUGUGCUUGAGAAAGUCUCAACCCUGCAGUCAGUGGUGUGCUCCAACAACUCGCUUUUCUAUUUCGUUUUCUUCUACCCCUUCCCCAUCUUUGGCAUCUUGCUCAUCGCUGUUCUGCUGGUGCGCUACAAGAGCCGGAGUUCCAGCAAGAAUCAAGAAGGCAAGAACGGUGCGCCGUUGCUCUGGAUCAAAGAGCCUCACCUGAGUUAUUCCCCCACCUGCCUGGACCCCCCUGCUCUCAGCCUCCACCCAGGCUCUGUGGAGUAAGAGGGGCAGAAAGAAUGCCCGUCAUUACUCAUCCUCUCUCACUCUCUCUUUCUCCGUUUUUUUGCUAUCUCUCCUGUUCCUCAGGAGCGCUGUGGGCUCCUGACUCAGCCCUGUUAAUCCCUCCAUAUGGCUGACUGAACACCUACUCAGUUGACAUGGUCAUGGCUGCAGUGGCUGCCAGAGGAAAAGCCUAGACGUUUGGUUUGGUUGUCUAUUUCAAGGAUUUACUUUGUAUCAUUCUCACGCUCCACUAUCUGGACUUGAUAUGGAUGAAGAACGUAUUCUGUAAAGGAUUACAUGUGAUUUUAUUCUCUCUUUUGAAUGUGUGGUAUGAACAAUAUUUUUUUUUUCUUCAAAAUUGAUGAAGGCUGGUGCUCACCUCUUUAGAAGCAUUAUAUGUUUUGUUCACCUGGUUCUUAUUUCAGCAGACUGGCUGCUCACAGCACUAGCCCGUGAACGUUUAUCAGGCACAAACAGUGCACAGGCAGAAACGUGUGAUUCCACCAGGUGAUAAAAUCUUGGAAAGGAUGGCAGUGAUCUUACAAUCUUGACUAGGAGGGAGCCACAGAACUGAUCUCAGACCUGUCUCUGUUUUAACUGAUAAAACAGAGGGUAGAGAGAUGCGUCACCUCCUGCUGAGUCUAGAAACACUGCAUUUUGUAACAGACUCAUCCUCACUGCCAAAGACUUGGCUGAUUCUCAGUGCUGAAGACUAACAAACAUGUCCAUGUGCACAAACUAUGACUAGCGCCCAUUACCCUCAUUCCUCUUCAGGAGAACAUCAGAAAGGAGGAUGCUACACAAUGAGAUGGUCAAAUUCCUGCUCUGACCUGUUCUUUCAUCACUAGUGUUCUGCAGUGGUAUGCUUUUGCUUUGUUCACCAUUGUGCUUUUCUUUUUUAUUAUUAUUAUUUUCUCUCUGGACUUCGUUAGAACAGGGAAUUUCUAGUUACUUCCCUAAAAUGACUCCAGACUGCUGGCCUCUGAGGUGUCUAUGCGAUGUGCGCAUGUGUGCUGUAAGAAACAUCGCACUGUUUCACCUCCUACUGUGAAUACUUCACCCAUCACCCAUAAACGUGUAGUGCUAGGCUGAGUGAAGACUGGGGAAAGAUUCUGAUGGAGUCCAGGUAAGGCGUGGGACUUGAACGUAGUGAGACGGUUUCUCUCCGUGUCUCCUCAGUUUUAAACUGCCUAUUGCAAACAAGAGACUGAGACUUCGAGAGAGCCUGUUAAGACAUUUCUAAUACAUGGGACAAUCCUAGUGCCAAGACCUUUUCAUUGUUUUAUCUGUUCCCUGUAAGAGUGGUCCAGAAGGACAGCAAAAGCCUCUAGGCUUAGACUUACUAUGUAAAUAUAGCUUCCCAGAUUGUGCUAGAGGUUUAUGGAAUAUUUAGGUUCAAAGAGCUGUUCUUACUGCAGUGACUUUGAUUCUUCAUUAAAUAUGUAUCAACUCCAAGAUAUAGAAGAUCACUAUAAAACUCCAAGAUAAAAAAAAAAAAAACACUGCUCCAGUCUUCUAAGGGAUAGAAUUUUUCCAUUUCCUUUAUGGCUGCAUACAACUCUUAAUUAUUCUUGAAUCAAUUUCUCUAAAUAACUCUUUAAAGGGAAAUUGCAUCAAACAUAAUUUUCUGUCGUGUUGGAAGUGGUUUUGAUAUUCUUAAGUGCAGAGGGAGCAUGAAUACACCUCCCUUGGGUAUGCUGCUUUGCUUAUUGAGGUGCAUAAGGCAACAAUGAAUUAUACCUUUUCUUUCUAAAGCAGUGAAAUUCAUUAUACAUCAGCACACUGAACUUCUGUUAGGUCAAGGUUUGUUUAAACCCAUUUUAGAAGUAAAUUGACAAUAAUCUAAUGCUGAAAGCCUGUGGGAGGUGUAUUUUGUGCUCUUUAUGCCCUUGGAGUUCACAUUAAAAAUGUAUUACCUUCAUUUUUUUUAAUACACAGCAAAUGAGUCUACAUGCGCAGGCAGAAUGUGCCUUUUAUCUCUUAAGGUCUUUAAUUCAACCUGAAAUAAUAUUAGCUACUUCCAGAGGUGUAGCCAAAGAAAUGACACGAAUGGGCAGAGCUCAUAUCCCCACUCAAAAAUGUCUGGUAGUCCCUGUGACCGACAACAAUCAUACUUAUUUUUAUUCGCAAAUUGUGACUGCUACGCAAAUUGUGGUUGAAGCAUCACUAAAAUGAAAUGACACUAGCAGAGCUCUCCUUCAGUUAGCCCUGGUCCUUAGCUAGCAUGCUAGCCCUGUAUUCUUAGUUAGCUGUUACUCAAAAGACCUAGUGACAGCAUCAAACUUGACUUUGCAUUUAGGGCUUCAUACACUGUAUUAUUGGUAUUAAUAGUAUACACUGAAUUUUCCUAAUGCUUGAGCAUUUUGGAAAUGACUGUAGGUUAAUGAAACCAACCUAGCUGUUGAGGAAAGUAAAGAUUUCACCAAUGACAAAAAUAAAUAAAUAAAUAAUCUGCUGUAGCUGUUAUGUGGAAAUGAAUCAUACAUUACAGUUUGUAGAGAUGUUGGUAACAGCCUUCAAAAUUUUUCUUUUUUUCUUUUUACCUCCCUUGUGUUUGUUCCCUGAAACAGCUGGAGCAGCUCCUAGUUAUUACACUGCCAGAGUUUUGACAAUGAAGUACAUUGUCACUGUAUUACAGAUUAAAACUGGAUUGCUUUAACUAUUUUUUAGUCUGAUGAUGUAUGAAUUACACUUUAGCAGGUAUGGCGAGUUCUAGUGUGGAUUGAACGUUUUUUUUUUUAAAUGUUCAUGCUUUUAGCCACAUCUUUUUGUAAGGUCUAAAACCCCUGCCCAUGGAGUGUCACACGGCAUGUGUUAUCUGUUGAGAGCUAGAUGCAGUUCAGUAAGUUCAUGUCCCUCUCCCCAUUCAGUAGAAAAAGCAGCGCUACAUUGGAUUGGUCCUUUCUGGCCUCACACGUGAUCACUAAAACUAUGUGUAUCCGAACAAUCUUCACUGUAAAUUCACACAAAAACACAGACUUACAAUAUCGAUCCACUUGAAGUUUGUGGUUGUCUUGUUUUUAUUAAUUGAAAUGUACUGUAAAACAUUUAGUUUAGACUGUGUAAACUUGAGCAGUUUGCAUAGAUAGCCUUUCACGUGGACUUUUGGUCAAUAAAGCCACUGCGUGCCGUGGCAGAGGGUAUUAUGGGAGGUGCUUUGUGAGUGGGACAGACUGUGUGGGCUGUGAGCGAUCAUCCACACAAAGCUGUCAGCUCGUUUUAUUUCUCUUUUAAAUUGUGUCAAAGUGUAUAGUGCAUGAUGGACGAGGAGGCAUUUUGAUGUUUUGAACUCUUGAGCAUCGUAUAUCGUGACAUCACACCAGACUGUUGCCGCCCUCUCCAUCUCCUGCAUGGUGUAGGAGUGUUAUAAAUUGGGUCUUGGAGGCCUGGAGGCUUUUCCACCCUAUGGGAACUCAUUUCUCUUCAGUAACCUGAGGGAAACUCGCCUGUUAUAAUUGAUCUUUUUUUUUUUUCUUUUCCUGUCUCUAAAACCAUUCCCUGUUUACUUUGUGCUUUGCAGGCUAUGUAUAACACAUACACAUGCGGUUUCACAUGCAGACAGUGUUAAUUCACGUUAAUUUGCAAUAGGAUGAUAUUGCCCGUGUGGAUGUGUACUGGCCGUAGUCUGCUCUCGUUGCAGGAGAUGGAGGACGUGGCACCGCUGUGCGAUGUUGCAGUGCUGCCGACCAUUCGAGCUAUAGAGAUUUCCUCGAAACUAGUGUUUUUGUAGUUCAGCGUAACUAGCAGACCCAUAACACCCUCGCAGUGUUGUAGAUGUGUUCUGAGGGCUGCAUGUCAUGGCUGUGUACUGACUCCAGAUUAGCUGUGGAAUUUGAAAAAUAAUACAUUGUGGUGAUGUGUUCAAUUCAGCCAGUGAUGCUUUUUCAAGUGCUGUGUUUUUAUUAUUAUUAUUAUUAUUAUUAUUAUUAUUAUUAUUAUUUUGUAAUUAUACAAAUAGUGCACUGAUGUUAAAAAAAUCAUAGCCUUUUUAUGCUUUGUGUUUUGUUGUAAUAUGUUUUCUUUUGGUAGUUUAUAUAUAUACAUACACACACACAUAUAUAUAU